AUGGGCAACCAGUUUCAUAGACCUGAACGUGUAGGCAACUAUCCUUUCACGCUCACAGGUUUACCGCCACCACCGACGGUUAAGAAAGCUGGUUCAGAUGCUCCUGUUCAUAGAAUAAAUGAUGCUAUGAGCUUAGAGUUGCAUAUGGGGGAUGAAAGAGUACGAGCUGCAGGACUGACACCGGCAGAAAGAGAAUGGCGAAUGAAAUGGGUCAAAGACCAAUAUUUACAUCCAGAUGAACCUAUCCAUGUAGAUGCUGUUUAUCGACAGUUGAAUCCGAUUAGACGAAUUUAUCGGUGGCCGCUUGACAAACUUUAUGUUCAUUUCUUGCGCCCUACUUUUGGACCAUACACAGCAGCGGUGAUUCGUGCCGGCGUUCCAAAAAUAAUAAUGUUCGCAUUCACCGUUGAACUUAUAUAUUAUAUUUUGAAAUAUGAAGCUAGGGACUGGGAACAUAUUCGGGGUCUUGAAUGGACGAAUUUCAAACAAGUAGUUGAUAGGAAAAAGGAGAUCGAAGAGAAGUAUCCAGGACUUUUAGAGCUUGGUAUUGCUGAUCCUGCUAAAGAUAGGUAUUUCUCACCCUCAUGGGACAAGAGAACCUCGUAUUUAGAUGUCGGAGAAACUCAAAGACCGUGGUGA